AUGUCGGUCCAGGCAGUCUUCGACCAAUUUACGCACAACUGCGCCUCCAUGGACGGCAGGACGUUUGUAAAGGUAUGUAAGGAUUGCAAGAUAUUCUGCAAACUCUACACUACGACAGAUGCAGACUUGAUUUUCGCCAAGGUGAAGCAAAAAGGUGCCAAGACGAUAUCUCCCGCUGAGUUUGAACAGGCCCUUCAGCUAAUAGCCGAAAAAAAGAAAAUGGGAUACCAGGAUCUUGUUUCACAGCUAUCAAGCGCAGGGGGGCCAGUAUACACAGGAACAAAGGCACUAGCCAAUAAAUUUCAUGACGAUAAAAGUCUCUACACUGGUGUGCAUGCAAAUGGAGGCCCUAGCACCAAGGAUCAGAAAGUUAGCGAUCUCUCCAACCUCCUAGACCGCAGCCCCGCAGACAUACGCGGCACCAAGAUGUAA